CUACAGGGGUGUCAUGCAGGAGAACUAGAGAUCCUCAGCAUUGUCUUUCGCAGCAUGAAGAAGGAAAGAGAAUGGAAGGUGCUGACCAUGGACCACCCCAGCACGCGCAUCCUCUCGUUGUGCUGCAAGAUGUCUGACAUCGUGGACGAAGGCAUCACGCUCGGUGCAGGCUCUGAUCAGUUGACUUUCCAGGGCACCCCCACCUUCAACUACAAGGCAGCUCACGUCUUCUUCUCAGCUGUGUACUCCCUGGAUGGGCCACAGACUUUCCACAAAUGGUUCAGCCCCUACAGCUCCUUGGAAAAGAACAAGCAACUGGAGACGAUGGCAGAGCAGAUUGCCACAUUGUGUGAAACCCUGGAGGAGUAUCCAGCCAUUGGCUACCGGAAGUGGUGUGCCCGGGGGGAGGGGUACCCGGCCAUCCACUAUAGGAAGUGA